CAUUCCACAUCGACUUUGUUAAGUCCGCAAAGGAAUGUCUCAAUCAAUAUUUCCCAUUUCUGUGACAUUAAGCUCCUCUUUCCGAAUAGGAGUUGGUCUCUUACGAUGGUCAGUUUGAAUUCAGUGGAUGGACGGUUGGCUCAGUAUUUCUGACACUUAGUACGUUUAGUAGCCCUACUGUAACAUGGACAAUAUGUUUCAACAUAUUCUUUUCAUUACUUUAGUUAGCUGUGCAUGGUGUAACAUUGCUCCCACACUGGAAUGGCCACUGGGCAAUACAACAGCACACAAAGAGGUUAUGACGGGGAGGGAUGCUCACCUGCCACUCAGCAAUCAAUGUUUGAUCUUCUCUCCUGAAUAUCCAGGACUACACUAUGAGGCUAUAACUCUCACCGGCGAUGAAGAAAGUUAUGUCGAUUUUUACCUCGAUGGAAAAGUGGAGUUAACGGACCUUGCAUUUUCCCUUCUAGUCUAUCCACUCGGUGAACCAAAGGGAACACUACUGAACUAUUUGUGUAACACAGGUAACGUCAUCAGGGCGUCUGUUCUGGAGGGUCUUCUUAUAAUCUCAUUCUGGGAUGAAUAUGGAGUGUCUGUAGGAGCCACUGCAGUGUCAGAAGUGCUCAUUUCAGAUCGUUGGCACCACCUGCUGGUCUCUCGAGAGUAUAAUACAGGGAGAAUAAAGGUGUUUCACAACGGUGAGCUUAUUGACGACAUCGACGAUGACUUCCCAAAUAAGAUACGUCUACCCUCUAAGGGCUCCAUCCGUCUGGGAAGCGCUCAAAAGGAUACUGACGACAAGUUCAAGGGUCGAUUCUCUUGCUUCCAGCUUUAUACAAGUUUACCAACAAACGAAGAUGUGCGAUCAAGUCUGAAGUACUGCAACCCUGAUCAAUGGAAGAUACAUCCGCAGAUUCUGCUAGAACAGAAAACAGUGGGAGGUGUAGAGAAGUUGUGUGUGGCGGACUAUGUGGUACCCAGAGAGGAUGAGGAUCUUGAACCUAAAUCAUGUGACGUUCUCAACAUGGCCUGUCUUACCUCUGAGCUAAACUGGGACAGUGUUCUUCUAAAAAAUAAAUGGUCUUCGAGCCUGAGAGACAGCGCAUACUUUCAUCUGAUUGGUCGAGACAAACUUCCAUCUGGAGCAGACGGACUAGUCAUCGGAGACAUCUUGGUAACCGAAAAAAAGUUGUGCUCCCGUCUUUGUCUUCGUGUCAACGGUUGCCAGGCAUUUUCGUCUACUAAGCUGACCUCUAACACAUCAAGAUGUAUCAUGUACCAAGAUGUCACCAGACAUGUGCAGCCCAAACUUGACACCUUUUAUUAUAGUUUAAGUUGAUGGCGUAAAUAGACCUACAGAAAGGAAACACUAUAUUACCUAUCUUAUAUUCCAGUGAUGAAUUUUCUAAUGUCUUGAAAUUCAAAACAUUUAAAAAGUUUUCAACAGACAA